AUGACAGUGCAUGCAAGGUUUAGUAGCGGUUUGUUACAGAGAAUUUGGCAUUUUUCAGAGCUUCCACAAACGCCAGUUUCUCUUCGGCAGAUGUGUCAGUUUGGUCCACAACCAGAUCCUGGCGUCUUGUUUAAGGCUUCUUGCUUUUUGGUGGGUGAAUUGCAAGUUAGACUUGCGAGACGGAUUAAAGAACUUGGUGCAUUUCCUUAUGGGUUGAACAAGAUGGAGGAUAUCAUCCAGAUUCGAGAUUGGUACGUACAGUCGUUUAAAGAUUUACAUGAUUUCUCUCACGAUCUAAAAACUAGGAAUGGGAGGCUGUAUCAGAUGUUGUAUGGAGAUAUGCAGCCUGAAAUGCUGGAGGAGAAGGAGUUGUUGAGGAAUGUUGUGCAGUUGCUAUAUAAUGAGAGUGAGCUAAAAAGCCCGAAAGAAGGUCAAAUGGCGCUUCCCAAAAAGGCGAGGAAGUAUUACUCGACGCUGCCGUCCCAUAUUGGCUACAAGAAUGAUAUGGAUGAGGAUCAGUUUUAUAAGUUUUGGCCAAAAGAUGUGCUUAUGUUCAACCAGGAUUAUUUUAAGGUUCUCAAUAAGAUCAAGCGACGUCACGACGCCACUGUAAUAACGAUGGCCAAAGGACUGUUCAAAUGGAAGAGAACCCUACAGCAGAAUGUUAUCGAUGCCUCUGUUCAGGAUUACCUUGAUAGGUUUUAUAUGAGUCGCAUUGGAAUUCGCAUGCUUAUUGGACAGCAUCUUGCAUUAUUACAACAGGGGAAGCAGCAGCAACAUUCUACUUCAGCUGAAGACCAUGAACUUGACAAAGAUUAUGUUGGGAUCAUCUGUACGAAAACAAGUAUCACAGAGUUAGCUAACGAUGCCAUUGAUCGUGCUCGGUAUAUUUGCGCGGAACACUACGGGUUAUACGAAGCUCCAAAGGUGGAGUUGUUAUCAUUCCCUUUACGUAAGUCGACGACGAAGGGUAACCAACCCAAAGAACUAUCUCAAGAUAUAGAGUUUAUGUACGUUCCAGGGCAUUUGAUGCACAUGCUGUUUGAGACGCUAAAAAACGCUUUGCGUGCCACUGUCGAAAAGAUUUUACAAGAAAACCCAGAUACUAAGGAUAAAGAUUCUUUGGUUUACCCCGUUGUGAAGGUAGUAAUCAGUGAAGGCCUCGAAGAUUUGACUGUGAAGAUUUCGGAUGAAGGUGGUGGCAUAGCACGUUCUAACUUGCCUCUCGUAUGGACAUAUUUAUAUACCACCAUGCCCACAGACGAGCAGGCCCGCUUAAUAGAAGAAGAUUCUCUUACCUACAACUGCAGAGCUCCAAUUGCUGGUUUUGGAUAUGGUUUGGCAUUGAGUAGGCUUUAUUCUAGAUAUUUUGGUGGUGACCUAAAACUCAUUUCGAUGGAGGGCUUUGGGACAGACGUAUAUCUACACCUAAAUAGACUGAGUACCAGUAGUGAACCCUUACAGUGA